GGCAGCCUCACUUCAGCUCCAACACCUGACAGCAGCAGGUCUCUGCAGCCAUCAUGCUCAGCCUCAUCAAGUUGCUGCGCGUCUUCACCAUCAAUCAAGUGCCCAAAGUUUUCCAUGAGGACAGCAUCAUUUCCGGGUACAGACAUCCCCGCAGCUCAGCCACUGACUGCAUCCUCAGCCUCUUCCAGCUGACCAAUGAGACGCUCAACAUCUGGACACACUUCCUGCCCACCUGGUACUUCUUAUGGAAGCUGGUGACAGUGGUGUUGAUUCAGAGAGCAUGGCAGGACUCCUUCACCUGGCCUCUGCUGGUCUUCCUGCUUUCCUGCUGCAUUUACCCGCUGGCGUCCUGCUGUGCACACACCUUCAGCACCAUGUCAGCACGGGCUCGCCACAUCUGCUUCUUCUUUGACUAUGGAGCCCUCAGUUUCUACAGUCUGGGGUCAUCCAUUACAUAUUCAGCUUAUGUUUUUCCUGAUAAAUUGGUGAACAGCUUCUUCCACCAGUGCUACAUCCCCAUCACUGUGCUCAACGCCCUCGUUUGCACCGUUCUGUCCUGCUACUCCAGGCUUGGCAUGCCCUUUCUACAAUAUAACCAUGAUACCGUGAAGAGAUUCCCUGAGUGCCAGAGACCCAAGUUCAGCAAAUAUCUGCGUGUUAUGGCCUUUGCCUACCCCUACCUGUUGGACCACAUUCCUCUGUUCUACAGGGUGUUUCUGUGUGUCGGGGAGGGCUGUACAGACAAUGACACCAACACCCUCCACCUCUACCAUAUUGCUUUGGCUCUCCUCACAGGCUUUCUGUUUGCCACCCAUUUACCUGAGCGCCUGGCUCCUGGCAGCUUUGACUACAUUGGUCACAGCCAUCAGCUCUUCCACGUGUGCAGCAUCCUUGGCACCCACUUCCAGAUGAAAGCCAUUGAGCAGGACAUGAUGACACGGCGUCCCUGGCUCCUUGAGCACUCUUUACCCAUCACCUUUACCAGCUCAGUGGGUGCUGGGAUUUUUUGUGUGGUGCUGAAUCUGGUGAUCAUCAUCCUCUACAGUCUACCUCUCCUCUAUGGACCAGUCUGCAAAGAGAAGAAACAUGAUACUGAUCCAAAAAAGCCCUCAGCCAAGGUCGGCCCCUGCUGCUAGGUCACCAGCUUAAAGCUGAGGAGUCCCAGCUGUAAGACAUGAAGACAUUUGAACAUCUGAGCAUCUGAAAAAAUUGCAUCAAGGGUAAUUAAAUAAAAAUUAAGAACACUGCUGGGCUGUGAAGGGUUAUGAUGAAGAGCAUUUAAACUUUCUGUCUGCACUGAACCCAUGCUUAUAUUUGGCCUUCAGACAUCACCGUGAUGUCUGCUGUAAAAUAUGUGGGUAAACUAAAUGAGCACAACUUUCAGAGCCAUACGAUCCAGAUUCAACAACUUGUUUGUUGCCAUAGAAUCAAAGGAAUUUAAUGUUUCUGAGGAAAUUGUUCCUGCAAAAACAUAAAAAUUUUCCAGCUAAGCUACAUUUUAGAGACAGUUAUUUAUUUGUUUAAAAAUAUGUGUUUUGUUCAGUACUCUGAUUUCCACACAUAUGGGGCAUGAGGAGACUGUAUGCUGCAGGGAAAAAAAUGAACUUUCAAAAAGAAUAUUUUUACUGUCAUCUCCUUUUUGAAAUCCAAACAUUCUAUAUUAUAAGUAUGCUUUUAAAGUCUUUUGGAUGACUGACGAACACAAAACAUAUCAAGAGAUAAGAGACAGUCAUGAGAAGGGAAGAAAGUACCUGCCCUUGAGUUUGCGCUGCCUGAAAAAAGCAGUGUGAACAAUGAAAGAUUUACUUACAGUUAAUGGGAGAUGUAUACAAAUGGUGGUGAAUGUUUCCCCUAAUGAUUGCUGUUUCUGUAUUCUUAGACCCUUGUGAUAUGUCAUAUUGUUUCUUUGAUGUAAAACUGAAAAUAUUUAUGUGCAAUAUUAUUUAUUAUGAUUUUUUUUUAAAUAAAC